AUGGACUUCGACGCGCUGCCGCCAGACACAGCAUCACCACAAACCUUGGAUGCAUCGCCUUUGCCCUCAUCCGCUACUGUAAUUGCACAGUGUACUGCCAGUUCAAAUGCUACACAGAGCGGCCGAUUUUUCUAUUCUUCCGCCCAGUGGACCGCCGAUGGCACAUCUCUCUUGGUCGGCUCAUCAGACAGCAGAGUCUCAACCUUUGUCCUGCCACCGGACCUCUUAGAAGCCGACUUCGUGCAGCCACUACAGCCCCAAGCCAGCAUCCAGUUACCAGAGCCCUCACAAUGCAUCGCUCCCGCGCCUUACUUCUCUUUAUCCAAUCCGGCCACGCAAACCUUUCUCGUCGGUAGUCGUGAUCAUCCGCUGCACCUCUACCAUGCUUUCCCCACGGGGUCAGAGAAGCCUGCGCCGUUGUGCAUGUACAAGCUCAUAAGGCAUGAAACAGAAGCAUACAUUACCCCAUCCUCGAUCCUUUGGCCGUUACCGGGAACACACUUCUUCUGCGGCUCCGCAAACCGCAUAGAUUACUUUGACGCUUCUCGACCAGGCUCCGAGGGACCUGUUCACACCAUCCACACCAUCCCAUCCAAGAGACAUCUCUUGAAAGGCGGCGGGGUGGGGAUGAAGGGUACUGUAUCCGCGUUAUCCGACUCACCUCCUAACGCUCCUGGCAGCGGUGUUGUGGCCGCUGGCACUUGGACCCGUUGGAUGGGUUUGUACGACAUGCAACGCGUGGACAAGGCCGUUGCCAAUUGGAGCAUUGCAGAUGCCGAUUUGCAGGAAUUUGGCAAGUCUUUUGGUGGUCAGGGCAUCAUGCAAACCAGGUGGAGCCCUUGCGGGAGAUAUCUUGUCAUCAACGAAAGGCACGCCCCCGGCCUCCUCGUCUACGACAUUCGCGGCAACGGCAAGCUCCUCAGCGUUUUAGCUGAGCGAGACUGCCAGACGCAACAGAGGCUCACAUGCGAUGUAUUUGGCAGCGUUGACAACAGUCCCGGCUUCGAACUCUGGGCUGGCACGGAAGCGGGAACUGUAAAGGUCUGGGACGAGGUUGGUCUACAUUAUGGCAUCGUCAAACCAAAAUGGAGCUGGGGGGCUCACGAAGCACCGAUCAGCAGCACCCUUGUUCACCCAAGCGGCUCCGUCGUUGCUACUUGUGCUGGUGCUUGGCGACACCCCUCGGACGACGACAUUGACAGCCGGCAGGGCGGCGCGAAUGGCAUCAAGGUCAAGACCGAAAUCCUCGACGGAUCCGCCAUUAAAUUGUGGUCUGUGACGACCCAGCAAGCAUCAGAAUAG